UUCAAAUGUCAACUAGACAUUAUCUACCAUGAAAAUUUACUUUGGGGUUAUUUUGGUGGCACUAGGUAUAGCAGAAGUCACGGAGUGUCUGGAGUGUUUUAACUGUACAAACAUAUCCGAUCCACAGGCUUGUGCAACCACAACUUUGUGUUCACAUGGUGAGUCCUGCUUUUUGCAAACCAUCCACUCAGGAAGCGAUAACCUCUUCAACAUGGGUUGUCAGAGCAAUCAGAUGUGCAGUGUAGGCCACAACAGUAUCAUCGGUCGCUCAGUUCAGACCAUACAACAGUCUCCUUGUCACGAAUGUUGCAGUACAGAUGGCUGUAACGAGCAGCUCUGCGCACACAGAAAACCUUCUGCCUGCAUAGACGAUGUAACCAUGGAUUGUGCCCAUCUGAACUCUAUAAUAAACGUGUGCGCAGACAUCCACCACGCAAAAUCAAUCUGCCCUCGGUUUUGUGGCCUUUGUAAUCUGGUUGACGGCAACUGGGCAGAGUGGGGUACAUGGUCAUCCUGCAGCGUCACGUGUGACAAUGGUACUUAUAAACGUACACGUACGUGCACCAACCCUUCACCUAGCAACGGUGGACUUAAUUGCAGUGGAUCGGCAUCUGACACUCAAAUGUGCUCCAGACAGCUUUGUCCAGUUCAUGGCAACUGGUCCGAGUGGUCGUCGUGGUCAUCUUGCUCAGUGUACUGUGAUGUCGGACUCAUUGAAAGGACAAGAACAUGCACCAAUCCAAGACCAGAUAGAUUUGGGGAUAAUUGUUAUGGCGAUGCAAGUGAUCAUAAAGUUUGCAUACAGGACCCGUGCUCUGAAAAAAAUGGUGGCUGGACAAACUGGGGUGCUUGGGAAAGCUGUUCUGUAACCUGCGGAAUAGGCUCCAAAUUGCGACACCGAGCCUGCACCAAUCCAAGCCCUUCCGCCUACGGAAAGGCUUGUGAAGGCGACUACAAAGAUUUUGAUGUGUGUGUCAAAACACCAUGUUAUGUAAUCGCCUUUAACGCCCAUGGAUUCAACGUUUUGUCAAAUUUAGUCAAUGUGUUUUCAACCAUCGUCGCCAAUGAGGGCAAGGCGUACAAUGCAAGCACAGGUCAUUUCACAGCUCCGGUGGACGGAAUCUACUACUUUGAAGCCCACUUCUGCGUGUAUUCAAGCAGCACAAUAAACUUCUACAUUGAAAAGGGAAGUGCCAGCAUGAGUCCUAAAACGCGUCUAACUUCAACUCGAGGCUACCAUGGCAGUUACGGUUGCAAUUCCGCUUCCACAUCGGUGAAAUUAAAUAGGAACGAAGAUGUAUGGGUGUAUAUGGCGUCCCAAUACUCCUCGUCAUAUAUAUACGAAAGUUCCGAUGAUUGGAAUACAUUUUCGGGAGCUCUCAUCCAAGCGCUGUAGAUGUAAAUUCACACAUGAAACUUAUACUUGAACUAAAAUUGUUGAAAUGUACCUACAUUUUUACAUGUAACAAUUAUGUGACAAAAUGCAUUAAAUGCGUUAAAAUUAUAAA